UUUGAGAAGGGCACUCCUUUCUGCAGAGUUGUCCAGCUCACCUUCACCACCACCAUGGCUUUCAACGGCACCUGGAAGGUUGAUCGCAGUGAGAACUAUGAGAAAUUCAUGGAAAAAAUGGGAAUUAACGUGGUGAAGAGGAAGCUGGCUGCUCAUGACAACCUCAAGAUUACCAUCACGCAGAAUGGAGACAAGUUUAAUGUCAAGGAAAGCAGCACUUUCCGCUCCAUCGAAAUCGACUUUACCCUCGGAGUCAACUUUGAGUACAGCCUUGCAGAUGGAACAGAACUAUCAGGUGCAUGGACCAUGGAGGGAGACACACUGAAUGGAAUUUUCAACAGAAAGGACAACGGAAAACAGCUGACAACAACCAGAAUCGUCCAAGGAGAUGAACUCAUACAGAGCUACAACUAUGAAGGCGUGGAUGCAAAGAGGAUUUUCAAGAGGAGUUAGACCAACUUAAAAAAAUUAAUCUAAAAAAAAAAAAAAAAAACUGAAGUGACAUGCUCAGGGUU